AUGGCGGUGAUUCGUGUGCUCAUGCGUAUCGAGCAGCUCGAGGGAGUCCAAGUGGGGCUGUCGACGUCGCUGGAGGUUAUGGAAGAUGCUGAAGUGCGUUGUUUUGCUGUGCUAAGCUGCCCUAUCUGUCGGCAACGGCGAUUCUCAUUGGCCAGUGUCACGGUCAUCAGCGCAACAGUGACUGAAUGGGUCCGCAGGACAUGGCUAGGCGGGAGCAUUGAUAACGACGUUUUGCUCGGAGACAUUCACCUGGAUCGGGCCGAUGCUGAGAUGCUGAGCAGGGAGCUCAUGACUCUGCAACUAUCCCACUUUGUCCGCGUCAUGACACGUCUUGAAACAACCCUUUCCGCAGCCAGUUCCGUCCAUACAGUGGGCUACCAGGACAUUGUCCGCUCGAAAUUGCAGGAACUUCACGACUGCAAAGACCAGAUUCACAAAUUGUCCCUAUCAGGUUAA